AUGAAGAAGUUUUCCCGCAUGCCCAAGUCCGAGGGGAGCGGCGGCGGCGGCGGGACGGCGUGCGGUGGCUCCGGGAGCGGCGUGGCCCUGGGCAGGGCGCUGGCGGUGGGGCGGUACCAGGUGACCCCCGAGGAGCCGCUUGCCGAAGGUGGCUUCUCCACGGUGUUCCUGGUGCGCACGCCCAGCGGGACGCGCUGCGCGCUGAAGCGAAUGUGUGUGAAUAACGUGCCAGACCUCAACGUCUGCAAGAGAGAGAUCACCAUUAUGAAAGAGUUAUCUGGGCACAAGAACAUUGUGAGCUACUUGGACUGUGCUGUCAACUCACUAAGUGAUAACGUGUGGGAGGUGCUCAUCCUCAUGGAGUACUGUCGAGCCGGACAAGUUGUGAACCAGAUGAAUCAGCGUCUGCAGACAGGCUUCACCGAGUCAGAAGUAAUGAGAAUAUUUUGUGACACAUGUGAAGCUGUUGCCCGGUUACAUCAGUGCAAAACACCUAUUGUUCACCGGGAUCUGAAGGUGGAGAAUCUAUUGUUAAAUGAUAACGGCAACUACGUUCUCUGUGAUUUUGGCAGUGCCACUAACAAAUACCUGAACCCUCAAAAAGAUGGUGUUAAUAUGGUUGAAGAAGAAAUUAAAAAGUACACUACGCUAUCAUACAGAGCUCCUGAGAUGAUCAAUCUGUAUGGAGGAAAGCCAAUUACUACCAAGGCAGAUAUUUGGGCACUGGGCUGCUUGCUGUAUAAGCUGUGCUUCUUUUCGCUGCCCUUUGGAGAAAGCCAGGUUGCCAUUUGUGACGGAAGCUUUACCAUCCCGGAUGGCUCGCGGUACUCGCACAGCGUUCACUGCUUGAUAAGAUAUAUGCUUGAGCCAGAUCAAGAACAGAGACCUGAUAUCUUCCAAGUAUCUUACUUUGCCUUUAAAAUUGCUAAAAAGGAGUGUCCAGUGUCUAAUAUGAAUAAUUCUCCUGUCCCCUCAAGUCUUCCUGAGCCCAUGACAGCUAGUGAGGCAGCUGCCAGAAAAAGCCAAAUAAAAGCAAGAAUAACAGAUGCAGUUGGACCAACAGAAACCUCAAUUGCACCACGACAAAGACCAAAGGCCAAUUCGAGCACUGCCCCUUGCAGUGUGCUGACGAUCCAGAGCUCAGCAACUCCUGUCAAAGUACAAGUUCCUGGGGAAUUUGCUAAUCGUGGGCAAAAAGGUGCCACGCGACCAGGAAACGGCCAAGACAUCUCACAGUCCCAAGGGACCACCCCGCAGCAGCACAGAGUCCUCCAGCAGCUGCAGCAGGGAGACUGGAGACUGCAGCAGCUGCACCACUUGCAGCACCAGCCUGCCAUGCAGGAUGCUUAUAUCCAGCAGUAUCACCAAGCAGUGCACCAGCAGAUGAUUCAGCAGCAGCUGUUGCUGCAAUCGGUGUACCAGCAGCAGCCUGCCCAGUCACAGUAUCCUGCCAUGGUGCAGCAGUACCAGCAGGCUCUCCUGCAGCAGCAGGUGCUGGCUCAGCAGCGGGCACAGCAGGUGCAGUCUCCUGAAUACAUCACUUCUCCUCAAGACUUUGCACCAGCCUUAAUCUCCUACCCCAGGCCACUCCCAAUGCGUGGUGGAACUGUGGCAGAUCCCCCCUACCCCACGAACAGGUCAGGUAUUCCUGAUGCUGAAGCCAUUGCCAGUUACCCAAAGCAGAACGUCAGUAACCCACCUGAUAUGUCAGGUUGGAACCCAUUUGGAGAGGACAAUUUUUCCAAGUUGACAGAGGAGGAGCUGCUGGACAGAGAGUUUGACCUGCUAAGAUCAAACAGGCUGGUGGACAGGAGAGCAUCUUCAGAUAAGAAUGUGGAGCCACAUGCUGCUCCACAGACAAGUCCUCCUGAAGAUCCCUUUGGUUCAGUUCCUUUCAUUUCUCAGCAAGGUUCCCCUGGAAAACAAGUGGAUAACGCAGCCAGCAAUCAAGGAAAUAACUUAGAGACCCCAACAAAGUCUGGAAAACUGAGCCAUGCAUUUAGAGAUCCCCGGGCAGGGAGGAAAAGUGCAGAGGGACAUGUGACAAAAGGUGGUGAGGACUCAGAGAGUGAUUUCGAGUCUGAUCCUCCUUCUCCUAAGAGCAGUGAGGAAGAAGAAGAACAGGAUGAUGAAGAAGUCUUGCAUGGAGAGAAUGGAGACUUCAAUGAUGACAAUGAUACAGAGCCAGAGAAUUUAGGCCACCGACCUCUCCUCAUGGAUUCUGAGGAAGAGGUGGAAGAAGAGGAGGAAGAAAAGCAGAGCUCUGAUUCUGAUUGUGACCGAAGCAAGCAAAAAUGUGUGGAAGGGCUCCCGAGCACUCGGUUCAGAGACAGUAUGGGCAGCAGUGAGAUCACAGAGCGCACGUCAGUGCCUAUGUCCCCGCCUGAGGUGCCAAGCACUCUGAUCAACUCUGGCCAAGAAUUUGACGUGUUUGGAGCUGUGCCCUUUUUCACUCUGCAGCCUCAGGCAAGAGAGAAGAUGGACAAAGAUGUUUCUUCUCAGGUGGCUUUUUCCAGCCUAAGCCAAGAGCAGGAUGACUUUGAUGUUUUCAUAAAAGCUCCUUUCAGCAAAAAGGUGCCCCAGCAAGAUGGGCAGGGGUCAGGGAUGGAGCCUCUGCUCUCCCCCACCUCCCCACGGGGCGUGGAUAUCUUUGGUUGCACCCCGUUUCAGCCGUCCCUUCUCCCCAGGUCUGCUGGGAGUAGAGAGGAUGUGUUUGGGCUGGUUCCGUUCGAGGAGAUCACAGGGAGCCAGCAGCAGCAGAAGGUGAAGCAGCAGCGGAGCCUGCAGAAACUGUCUUCCCGCCAGAGGCGCAUGAAGCAGGAGGUGUCCAAGAACAACGGGAAGCGCCAUCACGGCACCCCCACCACCAGCAAGAAGGGGCUGAAACCCAGCUACCGCACCCCGGAGCGCGCCCGCCGGCACAGGAAGGCCGGCCGCAGGGACUCCCAGAGCAGCAACGAGUUCCUCACCAUCUCGGACUCCAAGGAGAACAUCAGUGUGGCCCUGACAGACAGCAAGGAUCGAGCCAACCCCUUGCAAACAGACGAGACGCUGCUGGAUCCUUUCGGAGCCAAGCCCUUCCACCCGCCGGAGCUGAUGCGCCACGCCCAGCACCAGGGCUGUGGGGACCAUGGCACAGUGGUGGUGGCUGGCAGGCCCAGGCAGAGCUCCUUGCACGGCGCCGGUCACGGUGGGGACGGGCUGAAAACAGAUGACUUUGGUGCCGUGCCCUUCACAGAGCUGGUCGUUCAGAGCACACAGAGCCAACCACAGCAGGCACUGGAGCCAGAUCCCUUUGGAGCAGCUCCCUUCCCUUCUAAGCAGUAGAGGCUUCCGAUGAGUUCCCCCCACUCCACCUCUCCAAGCCCCUUAAUAAAGGUUUAGUGGAGUAAUUUAUGUGGCUGAAAUGCCAGGGGCUGGGGUUGUACAGCUUGCUCAGACUGAGGAGGCAGCGGCCUGUGUGCAUGUUGGAGUUGCAAGUAAUGGCUAAUUCUGAUCUGGGUCUUUUUCAGAAAAAAAGAGAACUCGGGAGUGUUGUUUCCUUAUGGCAGAUAGCUCCCAGAAUGAAACGAGGAAUUGAAUACAAAUCCCUGUCACUGACUUGGGGCCUUGGGAUGUACUGUCAUUGAGCACUUUGGUGUUGCCUUUCCAUCCCUCUACCAUGUGCCUCGGUGGAGUGGAACAGGCAGGGAGCACGUGGAAAAUGUUUUCCAUAUGUACGGGGGGCUGAAGAACUGCGGUGCUUCAUCGUGUCUCAGACCUAAGAACCGAGACAUACUGGUAUCCAGAUGAUGUGCUGGAAAUAGCCAAGUCUUUGCUUCCUAGGUGAAAACUACCUUUAUUAAUCAUAAAAAUAAAGCAGCCACAUCCUCAAGGGGCUGUGGCCCACAGUUCCAGAGCACAGCUAUGGCUUGGGACCUUGCAGACAUCUAUGCAGCUGCAGAGAUUAAAGGCAUUUUUUUUGUGUGCCUCAAUUUUUAAGUAUUGUUUUUAUAGUAAGUGCCAUUAAUGAAAAGUAGCAAACUGGAAAUGUAGAGUGAAAACUCGAGAAGCAGAUAAUUUACUGAUCUGUGAGAAGCCUGAAUGUGUAGGGGAGUGACCCAGCAGGGUUGUGGCUGGGAUUGCAGCACUUGGGAGACUCCUCAGCACACUGGAAGAGAGGCUGUCCUUGAGCACAUAUGGAGAGUUUCAGAUGACUUAUGGAGUUGACUGUGAGGUACAACCCUUGGAUUGAUUUGAUUGCAGAUUGGGAUUUGUGUUCGUUUUCCUCUUGGAUUUUUAUUGCAAAGAAAAUGUGUAUUCUCUCAAACCUGUUGUUUUUUCACCACAACAGUUUUGUGAAAUGACUUUAACCUAAUGCUCUUUCAAGGUUUGCUAAAUGCACUGAGCUUUGGAGAUGCUUCCUGCCCCAGCUGUGUUCCAGCAGAAGCUGCUGGCUGCCGGACCACUGAGCUGCAUUUCACCCCACGGGGACACGGAAGGAGGUGGCUCCUCGGCUUGUCUCAGCUCGUUGUCCGGCUCCACUGGAGGCUGAGGAGUAGGUAGCUGGGUGUUUGCACAUGGAGGACAGCACUGUUUGUGUUUGACUUGAUGGGUGAAGUGAAAUAUUCAGGGUUGUGAGCUCUUUUCCCCCGACGCCUCCUGCUGGUCCCUUACAAUAUUUCCGGAAAACACGUUGAGAACAAAUCACGUGAGUCCUUUGGGAUCCGUUUGAGAAAAUGCCCCUUAGAAUGUCGGUGAGAUUGCUUCCCUUAGCCCUGGAAUCUGAAUGUAGCUCAUAGUGAUGGUGUACAGACUGCUACCUUCAUCUUCCUCACUUUGAUUUCUCACAGGGUAAGCGGAAUAUUCCAGCUGUGCCUGCUUCAGUGUGCCUUUUCC